AUGGCUUCAGAGCACCCUUUUACGCCGACUAGUAUACGUUUCAAGAACCCUGACCUUACCCGCGAUGAGCGGCUUCAAGUUCAAACUCUCCGCAAUUGUGGUUUUACGUACGAGCAAAUCGUUACGCAAUUAGGCCUUACCUACAACCAAGUCAGACACGCUUGUCACGCUCCGAAUGCUACACCAAAAAGACGGUCUGGUCGACCUGGCCUUCUUGAUCCUGAACAGAUUGAAGAGUUGAUCGCCUUUAUUACCUCUUCGCAAGCUACUCGCCGAAUGCCGUACUCGAGGAUUCCUCUUGCUCUUGGCUGGGACUGUUCAGAGUACGCCAUCCGUUACGCUCUUCGCAAUGCUGGCUUUAAGCGCUAUAUUGCAUACCGAAAGCCCCCGAUCAUCGAGACGAACCGACAACUCCGCCUCGACAAUGCUCUCGAGCGUGUACACUGGCCUCUCGAACGAUAUCACGAGAUCCUCUGGACCGACGAGACCUGGGUGACUGCUGGCACUCAUCGGAAGGUCUGGGUUACUCGCCGCCAAGAUGAGGCAUACGAUCCGACGUGCAUCGUCGAGCGUGAACAACGGCCAAAGGGAUGGAUGUUCUGGGGUUCAUACUCGGUCAAAUAUGGCAAAGGGCCUGUUCUUUUCUGGGAAAAAGAUUGGGGGACGAUAACUGGGGAGAAGUACUCGGAGAAGGUUGUCCCUCUUGUUGAUGCGUGGUUUCGGCUUCAUCCAGGCCAGGUAUUCAUGCACGAUAAUGCCUCUCAUACUGCCCAGAUUACUCGCGAUGAGCUUACGGCUCGACGGAUCUCUGUUUAUACCCAUCCUCCAUAUAGCCCUGAUCUGAACCCGAUCGAGAACGCGUGGAACUGGAUGAAAGAUUACAUCGCGGCCAACUACCCAGCGAAGAUGUCAUACGACCGACUACGCGAGGCAGUUUAUGCUGCGUGGGAAGCAAUCCCGGAGGAUUUCCUUCGAGAGCGUGUAGAUACAAUGCCUAUACGGCAACAGGCUGUUAUUGAUGCGAAUGGACUGUAUAUACCUUUUUGA